CGCACAGCGGCGCAGCUGCGCAGAGACGCUGCACAUAGACAAUAUACGCUCCAGUGUUGACAUAUUUAAUUUCAGCUCUAAAUAUUCUCUUGUGUCUCGAUUAUGCCGGGAAUGAUGGACAAGGGCUCGGAAUACCUGGGGAAAGGUCGCUCAAAUGGGACGAAAAGCCCGUCUAACGCCUCGAACGGACAUUUUUCGGACGAAAGCGGCAGCGACGACGAGCACGAUGUAGGCAUGCGUGUGGGAUCGGAUUAUCAAGCCAACAUUCCUGAAUUUGAUCCAGGAUCCUCAAAAUACAGUGAUAAAGACAGCGGUGGCAUGUUGGUUUGGUCUCCGCAUCACACAAUACUUGACUCUAAAUUGGACGAGUACAUUGCGAUUGCGAAAGAAAAGCACGGGUACAAUGUUGAGCAGGCUCUCGGCAUGCUCUUCUGGCAUAAACACAACAUUGAGAAAUCUCUUGCUGAUCUCCCGAACUUCACGCCUUUCCCUGAUGAAUGGACGGUGGAGGACAAGGUGCUGUUUGAACAAGCCUUCAGCUUUCACGGGAAGAGUUUUCACAGGAUCCAGCAGAUGUUGCCGGACAAAUCCAUAUCCAGUCUUGUAAAGUACUACUAUUCAUGGAAGAAAACACGCUCCAGGACCAGCCUGAUGGACCGGCAAGCAAGAAAGCUGGCUAACCGCAACAAUCAAGACGAAAGUGAGGAGGAGAUGGAAGAGGCUAACCCUGUGGAGGCCAACGACAGCGACUAUGACCCAACAAAAGAGGCAAAGAAGGAGACUCCAGCAGAACCGCAGACUCUGAGCUCUAAGAUCGGGAUGGGUCGACGGGAUCACCAGACGCUGCAGCACCGGCAUCACACGCAGCGCUCCAAGUGCCGUCCUCCUAAAGGCAUGUACCUGACGCAGGAGGACGUGGUGGCCAUAUCCUGCAGCUCCAGCGCCGCCAACUCUGUGCUGCGGCAGCUCGACAUGGAGCUGGUGUCCCUCAAACGACAGGUUCAGAACGCCAAGCAGUUAAACAGUGGACUGAAGCAGAAGAUUGAAGAUGGGAUUGAUGAACUCAGACUGCCUGAGUGCACCCAAAAAAUUAAUGCCCGCUGGACCACAGAUGAGCAGCUGCUGGCAGUGCAGGGAGUACGCAAAUAUGGGAAGGACUUCCAGGCCAUUGCUGAUGUGAUCGGGAAUAAAACCGUGGGACAGGUGAAGAAUUUCUUUGUGAACUACCGGCGGCGGUUUAACCUGGACGAGGUGCUUCAGGAGUGGGAAGCGGAGCAGGGGACGCGGACGCCUAAUGGAGACGGAGCCAAUUCAGGAGAGGAUGGUAAAACCAGCAACGCCUCGUCAGGGAAGAGCACAGACGAGGAAGAGGAAGAGGGUCAGGUGAGUCUGGCGUGUGGGCCGUCUCCUGUCGUCUCCUCUUCCUCCUCGUGUCCUCCAUCCUCCUCCUCGUCUCUCCAGCAGCCUCCGCCUCUGCUGCGCCCGUCUCUUCCGGCCACCCCGGCUCUGCAUCGCCAGCCUCCACCUCUGCAGCAGCAGGCCCGCUUCCUGCAGCCCCGUCCCGCUCUGCACCAGCCCCCGCCGCUCAUCCGACCCUCCAACCCCGUCCCACCACGGCUCAACCCCCGGCCGGCCGCUCCACUGGCCCCCAGCACAGCGAACACCCCUGCAGCAGGACAGCAGCCGCCAGCUCUGCUGGGCAUCCAGAGCGCAGAGACGCCCUCGUCCUCCCUGCACUGACACACCGCCGGAGGGUAACACUGUACAGACCCCCAAAACUGAACCACACACACCUUUACACUGUACAUAUUAGUAGCGUGACUGUCUAUUUAUUUAAUCUGUGUGUGUGUGUGUGUGUGUGUGUGUGUGUGUGUGUGUGUGUGUGUGUGUGUGUGUGUGUGUGUUUAAAAGAGUUAAUACUGUCAAACCUGAAAUUAUUAAUAUUCCUGACAGUUUCUGACCUGAUUGUGCUUUCAUUCAGCCAGCAGGCUCUGUUUGGACCCUCUGAAAGAUAGUAAGAGGACGUACAGGAGGCGUGUGUGUGUGUGUGUGUGUGUGUGUGUGUGCGUGUGCGUGUGCGCUUCAAUUACCUGUCUUUGUGGAGCUUAAAUAUAAUUGUGUGUGUGCGUGUGUGUGUGUGUGUGUUUAAGUUUUUAUGCAUGCAUGCAUGCAUGUUUGUGUGUGUG